AAUUGUCAUGCUACGCCCACUAGAAGUAUAUUAGGUACGAAACUACAUGAGACCCAACCAUUGGAUUGGAAUUUUAACGAAAAUAAAGAAGGAAAUCAAUGCUCGGGAAAUAAUUUAUUUUGUAAAGUUUACCAAAUUAUACCAUAUUAAUACAGUAAUAAAUGGGACUGAACCUGAACAGUGAAGAAUAGUCUAGAUUAAUAUUAAUUAAAAUAUGAUUUAUUGUUGGAAUUUGGUUGGAGUGAAAUGCAAACACCUCAACCAAAUAAGAAAGAGAGGGGUUGGUUAGGUGGAUAUUCUACCCUGUUUCGUUAAUUUAGGGUCGGUUUCGAUAAUUAGGAACCAUAUAUCAGUACGGUACCGAUCUUAGCUAUGAAAUUUUAAAUGUGAUCACAUGACCAAUUUUUACAGUGUUUUAUCCUUCAUUGAUAUUUUAAUUAUGUCAUUUAUUGUUUCUGUAUCUUACAAAUAUGAAAUAUCUAGUUACCUAAUAACUGCAGAACUGUAUUAUUAGGCUUAAGAUUUAUCCGAAAUUUUGAGACUACCUUACCGAAACAGUGCAAUGUGCACUACCAAUGCAUUGGAUAUUAGGUUCAUGUUGCACAAAGACAAGACUUCUAGACUAAUGAAAUUGCCUUUGAAUAUAAAAGUGUGUGAUGUCAAAUCUAUGCUUUGUGAAGACUCUAAUAUUCCUUUCGAAGAGUGUGAAAUUAUUUUCUGUGGAAAGGCAAUGCAAGAUGAUAAAACACUGAAUGAAUAUACCCUUAGUUCUCAGACGACUCUGCAUGUUGUCUCUUACCCUCGUAUAAAAGAUGAAGAAUUGAUAUCAAGACAACAAUAUUAUGUGGGUCGAAAUUCAUAUUUGACAGGAAUAUGGCCACAUCGUCAACAUACUCAUUUCCCUUUCAUCAAGUUACAGAAUUACCUGAAUGAAGAAAAAUUAUGUUCAAAACAUCCUCAAUUUUAUGUUUAUUGCAAGCAUACUUGCUUUAAAGUUACACCUGGGAAGCUGCGUGUUCAGUGUGCCAAUUGUAAAGAGGACAGUAUUAUUCUACAAUGUGAGCCUGAGCAAUGGAGUGAUGUCCUUCAGGCGGGAAAAAUAUUUGGCCAAUGCUAUUCUGAGGAAUGUGGAGGUGAUGUUUGUGAUGCAGAAUUCUACUUCAAAUGCUCGGUUUGUCGGAGUCCGGCACCUUCUGAAACUGCUGUAUCCUUACCAAAUGUUAUCAGCAACAUUCAAGAUGUUCUCUGUCUUACCUGCCUUGAUUCAUGUAAUCCGGUCGUGACGUUUCCUUGUAGCCCUGAACAUGUUAUGUGUUUGCCAUGUUUUGAAGAAUAUUCUCGAACAAAACUUCGUGAUAGACAAAUGAUAGUUUGUGAAAAUAUAGGGUAUUCUGUUACCUGCCCGAUGGGGUGUGAAGGUUCAUUUAUGUGUGAUACACACCUUUUUCACAUACUUGGGGCUGAUGAAUACCAAAUGUAUCAAGCUUUUUCUGCGGAAGAAUGCUUAAUUCGUAAAAUGAAGGGAAUGAUUUGCCCCAAUCCUAAAUGUGGAACUGGCUUGUUUCCAGAUAUACCUGCCAUCUUUGAGAACAACACAAAAAUUACCUGCUCAAAUUGUGGGCAUAUGUUUUGUUCAAAUUGUCGUGAAUCAUAUCAUGGAACCUCAGACUGUGAAUCCCAGUUUCCUCUGUUGGCUGGAAGUAGUGUUAUGGUAAGAGACUAUUUCGAAAGCAUAAAAACCAUCAGGGAAAUUUCGAAAAACUGUCCUAAUUGCAAAGUUCCAACAGAAAGAAGUGGUGGUUGUAUGCAUAUGACUUGUAAAAUGUGUUUGUAUGAAUGGUGUUGGAAUUGCCUUACACGAUGGAAUUAUAAUUGCCAAGCAGAUCACUGGUUUAACUGAUUUUUCAUAACUUGAGAAUAUAUUGUCUUACUAUGCUGGGCAUUAGAAACAGUUUUGCUAUCACACUGUUGGAUAUUAUUAAAAAGAAAAACAUUUGUCAUAGCUUUUCUGUUCUGUAUUCAUGAAUUGAGUUCUGUAAAGCUUCAUAGCUUUUCUGUUCUGUAUUCAUGAAUUGAAAAAUCCGAUAUUGUAAAGAGAAGGACAGAGAUACAAAAUCAACUUAGCUACUGCUCUAAUUGCAGUCUAAAAUCAUAAUCUUGUUAAUAGAAAAUGUUACAAAUAGGGUCAUUUUUAAGAAAGAACACAUACAAGGCAAUGUCCUUUUCAAUGAGUUUGAAUUCAGAAAUAAAGAUAUAGCAUAUGAUUUGAUGACUCAAUUUAAAACAGUUUGCAAAAAAUUCAGACAGUUUUGGUAAUAAUGUGAUUUAAGAAUUAGGAAUCUAUUUUUUAUUCCAAGCUCGUCAUCCCCCCUGCCAGGAUAUAGAAUCCUAUUUUAUUCCAAUAUUUUCAUAUUCAUCUCAUCACUGUGAAAUGGCCAAGCGUUUGGUAUUUGUUUAAUAUAAAGUUGCACUACUACCUGUGGCAUUUGUAUUAUAUAAACUAAUUUCUGGUUUUAACUAGAAAUUUAAAUGUGCCUUUGCUAUCCUAUUAAUGAAUAUAUAUGAAUGUUGCUAAUUUAGUGAUUUGAAUUGUGUUCUUUCUUUGUUCGUAAUAUAUUGCUAUUUUGUCAAAUCAUGCAAAUACUUUAAUAGUCAGGUAAUGGCUGCGUUGUUCCGGAAUUUGGUAACCGCUUCAUUUACGUGUUCUACGACAGUCCACUGUAAUGUUUUAAGCAUUCUGCGGCGACACACUAGUGUUUCUGG